AUGGAAACCACUCCAUUGACGCAAGAUUUGACUGCAGAGGAAGAUGAGCCGAGUUCUGCGCAAAGGUCGCACUUGGCCUGGAGGCUACUUGCCUUGGUGCCACUGGCGAUCAUUGCUGCUUUGAUUUCCAGAGGUACAACUUCUUUUACAUCUGCGCUGCGGCUUCGAGGUCUCUCAAAGACUCUUGGUCUUUUCGUCCCUACAUCCAGCGACGAGGGCAAUGGCAUGUUGCCGAUGAACAAUCCAGAUGAAGAGCAGAAUCCGUUUCUUCAUCCAGCCUCAAAACCACCCGACCCAGGAUUUAUCCCCUUGCCGGUGCUUCAUCGUGGCUACGACUGCUGGCAGCCCUGCCUUGGAGCUGGCACCUGUACCGAGUUCUGUGGACCUGGCAAUGCCUGUUGCCGGAAGGGAGCCGAGAAUGAUCCACCAGAAUGUGCAAAGAUCACGGAUUUUUGGACCAACCAUCACGAGUGCGUCCGGCCGGUGGUGAAGGUGGAGGACCAUCACUUUGGUCAGGACUGUUGGGAGCGCUGUCAGAUUGGUGGGGAUUGCGCAUGGUGCGGAGGAGGUCAAGCAUGCUGCCGAAAGAACAGUACCUUGGACCCUCCAGAGUGUCACGGGGUCGUUGAUUGGCCCACCGAUCGACAUCACACUUGUGUGACACCGAUGAAUGAUGUGCCCGUGAAGCAUGAGGGACAGGACUGCUGGGAGUUUUGUGAGGGCAAGGGUAACUGCAAUUGGUGUGGACUGGGCAAUGCAUGCUGCCGCUAUGGAGAUGAGUUUACGCCGCCGGAAUGCCGAGCAGUGAUCUACUACUCUUCAAAGGAGCAUCACGUUUGCGUGAAGCCGAGCUUUCCUCGACCCAUGACCUUGCCGGGACGCCCCAGGGUCAAAGAGAAGGAAUGCCGUCCUGGCUUGGUCAUGGGACCUUUCGGCUGUUUGCCAGCGAGUAAGCCGCAGCUGGUGACCUUUUACGCCUACAGGCUGGGCGAUGGGUCCUGGACCAAUGCCAAUCUUGGGAGCAUAGGUGCAGUGAUGUACUCACUCCACACGAAGAUCUUGGGAUGUCCACGAUAUCAUGGGAUUGACAGGAUUCAUCGGCUGAAGGUCACCAUGAAGAACACGGAGGAGAUGUUCAGGCAGCAACACCAUGAAUUCGGUCCGCUACACCACUUUAGGAAUGGGCAGUGCGUGUCUUCAUUCUGCAACCAGACUUUUCAGCAGUUCGGCUACACCGUGGGAUGUGCUGAGACAUCAACUGGGGGCAGCUACCCUUCUCAGUCGCAUUCUGCAUGGUAUUCGCUGCCUGGGCCAUGCCCAAAUCUUCCAAAUGAGCAGAAGACCGAGACGUGUAAACGGGACCUUGCGGGCGGUGAAUGCGCUGAGCCGACGGGAAGCCUGAAUUGUACGUUCCACCUCGAAUACGCAGGAAAUGUGUCUCUUGAUGAGCUCAGUGGCCGAAACACCUCGACCAGCUUGAAGGAUUGGUGUGCUGCUGGACAUGUGGAGUACGACCCCUCGACGGACCGAGGAGUUGGAAUGGACUUCUGGAACGGUCUGACGAAUGGCUCACGUGGCAAGGAGAGGAUGUACAAGCUGUCCUACCUUUUCUGGAAGAAGUACCCGAAUUUUCCCAAGCUUUUGCCUGAACCCUGUACGCGGCGGACUCGCUAA